GGUUGGUUUUUUUCUCCUUCAUCCAACAUCAAGAGUCAAGACACUAGUUGUUGUGGAGAGACAUAUAAGCUGCUCGCGAGCUUCAAAAACUUGCUGAGGGGUAAACAGACGACGACGAUAAUCCAACCCCUCUCUUAUCGCACCCGCCUUGUGCCUCGUUGUCUCAGAGUGAGGAGUCGCUGGUCACCUGCCAAGUACCAACUGUCAUCUGCUCACCAGUCAGAGUUUCCGCAAACGAUAUUAUCGGAGACUGUAUUGCACAGUUUCUCGAGUAUCUUUGUUUCAUCUCCAUCUGUACCCACAACAAAGUUGCGUUUACCGCUAUCUAAUUCACGAUGAGUUACGGCGGCGGUCGUUACGACGAUAGGGACGAUAUCGAUAUCCGCUUCCACCACCGUGGCCGGGCCGAGCCACGUUAUGAGCCACCCCCACCACGCCCAACCUACUACGUCGACGAACGCCUCGACGUCCGCGCCGGCGGUCGUUACGACAGGCGCCCGUCCCCCAGGGUUCCUUCUCCGCAGCCUCAGCCUGUUAUCAUAAACAACCGGAUCUACAACCAUGACGAAGACUAUCCCGAGCCGCCCCGCCCCGCCCCAGUGCAGUUCCAAAUGGUGGCACCGGCACCAGCACAUCGCGAGAGAUCUCGAUCUCGCCAUGGCCGUCGCCGUCGCUCCCGGUCGUCGUCGCGCUCACGGUCGCGCUCUCGCUCUCGCCACAGACGCAGGUCGCAGGAAAAGCAGGAAAAGCAGUUCAUGACUAAGGAAGAAUACGAACUCGAGAUGGCGCGGCGCGAGAUUGAGGACUUGAGAAGGGCCCAGUAUGAGGCCAACAGGAGAGCUUCUAAGAAGGAGAAGGAGAAGGAGGAAGAGAAGCCUAAGCAUGACUAUAUGACCAAGGAGGAUUACGAACUGGAGCGAACUCGAAAGGAGCUGCACAAGUUCAAGCUCGAGCAGCAGCGCAUCGAGGAUGAGAAGUUACUGAAGAAGGAGUUUGAACUCAAGCAGCUGCAGAAACAGAAGAAGGAGGAGGAGGAGAAGGAGGCCGCGAAAAAGGCGGCCGAGGCAGCUGUGAAGGAUUUCCAGCGCAAGCAGGCCGAGAAGGCCGCUAAGGAUGAGAAGGAGAAGAAGCAGCGCGAGAAGGAGUACAAGGAGCGUAUAGAAGACGACAUGAGGAAGUCGGGUUUGACCGAUGCGCAAAUUGCUGCCGUGCUCAAGAAGGAGAAAGUCGACGUCGCCGCUGGGACUCGCCCCAUGUACACCAAAAUGGCGCGGCGCUAUCUUUCCUACGAGACGCUGAAUGCAUUCCGCAUAGACUACACCAUUGACCAGGAUCCCGAGUACAUUCUUAUCAAGAGAUGGGUGCCAGAGCAUGAGCAGGAUUUCUUGUGGGAGCACACGAGAGAGCUCCGCGAGAGGCGCCGCGCUGUCACCAGUACUACGAACACGACGGUGUUGCAGAUUGAGCAGGCCGGGGGACACCACCAUCACCACGGUCAUGGUGAUGUGCAAUACGAGUUUGUGAAGAAGAAGGAGAGGAAGAGAGACAAGUCCCCUGGCUUGAUAACCUUCCUCGCCGGUGGUAAGAGAUGAGAGAUGAAGAAGGCUGGGGUGAUGAUUGGAUGAUAGCAUGAUGUUUUGUUUUGCGCGGGGUCUGGAAUCUUUUUUAUCUACUUCUGAUGUUUCUGGUGGUUUUGACGCCUCUCAAAUAUAGCAACACUAGCUUUUAUACCAAAUCAUUAAAUCAUAUAUGGAGAGCAAAAAUGUGAAUAGUGUCCCAGAGAUGGUGACCAAAGUUCGUGAGUAG